CUCUGCAUAUAAACUACAAGUCCCGGCACCCCCUUUUAUUCUUUGCCGGAAGUCGUCAAGCAUCUGGAAACGUCAUAAAGGAAGCUGUAAAAGUCCUUCCUUCCUUUCCGGCUGCCGAGCCAUCAGGUAAUGGAGGCGAUUGCGUGAUUGAAGCCUUCUAUGGUUUUCAAUCCACUGUAAAUCAAGGGUGUUUUCUUGUCAUCCGCCUAUGGAGAUUUAACUUUCUGUGUCUCUCGUGUCCAUUCUCCUCUCCCAUCCCCUCGCCGGCUGAUUCUCGCCUGUAUUGGAGCUGAAUUAGCCGGCUUGCUGUAGCCCCCUCCCGUUACUCGAGCCAGGCUGUGAGGGCCGCGGUGUGCAUGUCUGUGCUGUAGGUCUUUACUGUUGUACAAUAUGUCGUAUUCUAUCGCGCGUUCUUAAUAAAACUCCAAUUCUAGUGUAAUGGAACGUUCAUUGCCAGCCAGCCUGGGCUUUAUCUGACAUUCCCACCCCAGGAGUAUUCUGCCAGCUCUGCUUCAGGCACUAAACUGGAGGCAAAUUAACACGUUGUAUCUACUAAAUAUUGACUUCAUAUCUAGCUUGUAAACUGCAAUACUAAAUAGCAGUCUUGUCUAAACACUUUAUUUUUUUUUCUUCGUGUUUUUAGAUUACUGUUAAUUUAGUAUGACGUCUUGUUACACUGGUGUGUGUGUGUGUGUGUGUGUUUUGUUGACUUAUGUGAAUGUUGACUUAUGUGCACGAUUUUGAUUUUUAUUUCUUGUGCUUUCCAAUCAAUAUCUAUUCACUCUGCUAAAUACCCCCCCUCCCCCCAUGCUUCAAUUGUGUCAUGCUGUAGUUGGUGUGGUCCCAUUAAAAGAAAUCAAGAGACCAUUGGGGGCAAAGUAAUGUAAUUCAAUUACUGUUUCCUGUAUAAAUUGGGCCUUGUAUAGUGACAUGUGGUGAUAGUGAAUUUUGUGUCUUCUUACUUUCUUUUACUAUCUAGUGUAAGCCAGCAUGGGUGCCUACAAGUACAUGCAAGAAUUAUGGAGGAAGAAGCAGUCCGAUGUCAUGCGCUUUCUUCUGCGUGUCCGUUGCUGGCAGUAUCGUCAGCUGUCUUCUCUCCACCGUGCUCCACGUCCCACUCGCCCAGAUAAGGCUCGUAGACUUGGUUACAAGGCAAAGCAAGGUGAGUUAGUAUGCACAACUAUAGGGUUUGAACCAUUGAUAACUCUCCAAUGUUGGCACUUUCUGUCUAAUUUACAAUGGCAUUCUACACAGUAGAUCACUUUUCUUUGCUGCUUUAUCAAACCUGUUCCAUAUUUGUGAAGUGAACUUGGUAUGCGAAUGUGCCCUAGGUUCAUGUAAUGUUCUGAUUUAUCCGCUAAAUUAAGUAUACUUGCCAUAAUAGAACUGUGGUGUUGUUCAGUAGUUUCCCUAGACAUAUAUGCAAGGAUCAAUGUAUCUUUUUAUUUUAUAUAUAUUUUUUUUUUUUUAAAACCUCCUCAUAUUAUCUCCCUUAAACAGUGUAAACGCAUGUUUACAUUUGCAUCUUUCUACAGCAACAAAUGGGCUAGGAAAGGAUUGCAGACGUGUUUGAUUUUGGCAGAAAAGUGCAAAGUUUGCCCAUGGCUUGCUUAUAAACUAUCUUUGAAAGCAUAUCCUAGUGCUUGCAACAGAAACUAGCAAAGCUCCUGCUACCCUUUCUUGCUGCAACUACUUGUUGGUCAACCUUGUGUAUAAUACUGCAUAAUGUUCAUGAUUUAUAAACAAUACUGCAGAUGUAUGGAUGAUUACUGUUUUAAUUAUAUAGGUGCACAGGGCAUGCAUUUACUGAACAUGGUGGCACAUGUAUUUUUGUUCUGACCGCUUUGUUUAAAAUAAAAAAAUCCUGGGUUGCUUGAUACUUGACUACUCACUCCAGGUAUACACUGACAGGGUUAUUCACCAAAGUGUGAAUUUCAAAAUUUUAGGGUCAAAUAGGAAACAUUUUGUAACUUGCUAUGUUUCAAGCUGUGCAACUUUUGGCCUAAAGUUUGAAUUUAUAUCGUAAUAGUGUCCCUUGAGUUUUCACUAAAAUUGUACUUUAGUGUAAUCUGAAUCUGCUCACACAUGGGUAUAAUCAACCUAUUAACGUUUUGUCAUCACAUAAUAUUAUGUGGUUUAUGCCAGCUAGCUUGCUUCUUCCUGUAAUGAGGCUUUUUAAAUGGCUUAUUAGAAUGGGCAGAAUAAUUCAAAAUAUACUGUUGGUAAUGACUUCAUAAAGUGCAUUAGUGCAGGUGCAUUGGUAAUGACUCUGAUCACCUAUAGGUGUGGAGGAGGCAACGGUACCUACAUGCUGCUACUGCACACUUUUUACCUCAGUAAACCUUUCAAUAUUUCCUUGGGUGAUCUGAAAAUGGAUCAGUCUCUGUUUAUGUAUACAAAUAUGCAAUGUUCUGACUACUCUACAAAGUUUGUAUUGUGUAUUACUUAUGAUUUCUACUCUCUCAACAGGCUACGUAAUUUACCGUGUCAGAGUUCGCCGUGGUGGCCGCAAACGCCCCGUGCCCAAGGGUGCCACCUAUGGAAAACCUGUGCAUCAUGGUAUAAACCAGCUUAAGUUUGCUCGUAGCCUCCAGUCUGUUGCUGAGGUAUGUGGUUGGCUGUUUCCUCUCCGAAACCCAAAUGUCUAAACUAUUGUUAAUGACCUUUCUCAAUUGCAUAUGAUGUUGUAUGUAUGUAUGUUAUUCCUACUUCGAAAUUCUUGGCUGGAGAAAAGAGCUCCCCAUAGCAAAGCAUUGAAAAUAGUUUUCAAUGCUUUCCUAUGGGGAAUUGAGCAACACUGGAGGUCCUUACACAGCAUGGCGAAGCUCUAGCACAGGUUUUCUGUGCUAUGAAGAGCUCUCUAGUGGCACUUCCUGCUUCAUCAAAUGGUCUGGAUGCCUGGAGGUCCCUUUAAUCUGGAUCUCUUAAGCCAGCACUACAGUAGACCACGUGCCUGGCAGGCAAGUCAUAUACUGUUUAAAAGGAUACUACACUUUUUUAUAUAUAUAUUCUUUUAGGUUUACAGCUGUAUCCCAUUAUUUUUUUUAUUUUUUUUCAUAUAUUCUAAACGUCUAUUUGUCAGGGACCCACUGGGAGGUGUUACCUUGGGAAGCUCUCAAUUUAAUAAAGUUUAAGUUAUUUAUAUUCUUGUUUUUGUAUUUUACUUGGGUAAAGUUGUCUGGUGUAGCUGCACUUAUUUACUGUGUGUGUUGUAACAAAAUGGUGAUAGAACUUAUCUGUACACAAUGGCGACUGUAUCUAUCUGUUAAGUAUACUGAAUCCUGUUUUGUAUGAUAUGGGGCAUUUUUAAAUUCUCAUACAUGGUUUUUAUACCAUAACUUUACUUUUCCUUUAACAUUUGCAAUGGGGUGUAGCUUACAAAAGUAUCCUGCUUUACAUGAUACAUUUUAAUCGACUUAUGUGUUGGUCAGAAAGAUGUGUGAACAUAUACUGUAACUUAUACUGGCAAUAUCCAACUUUCUUCAUGUAACUGUUUAACCCCUUAAGGAUCAAACUUCUGGAAUAAAAGGGAAUCAUGACAUGUCACACGUCAUGUGUCCUUAAGGGGUUAAACGUUAAAAUAAGAGGUUUACAUUUAAUCGUGGAUUUUAAUUUAUUUUAUUUUUUUAAAUUUUAUUAUAGGAACGUGCUGGUCGUCACUGUGGUGGAUUAAGAGUUCUAAACUCAUACUGGGUGGGACAAGACUCCACUUACAAGUUCUUUGAGAUCAUUCUCAUCGACCCCUUCCACAAGGCAAUAAGGCGCAACCCAGACACCCAAUGGAUCACAAAACCAGUGCACAAGCACAGGGAAAUGCGUGGCUUGACAUCUGCUGGCAAGAAGAGUCGUGGUCUUGGAAAGGGCCACAAAUUCCAUCUCACCAUUGGUGGUUCUCGUCGUGCUGCCUGGAGAAGACGCAACACACUUCAGCUGCACCGUUAUCGUUAAACUGGGAUUGUACUUGUAAAUUUGACAAUAAAAUAGUCUUUCGAACACCUGGCCUUUUUGUUUAUGUUCAUGUUACUCGUGUAAGAGACCAGCGUAGUGUCAAUAUUGAG